AUGCAGGAAGCGAAGGAGCCGAGGCAUCGCAAAGACAGCAGGCGCCCAGACCUGGAGAUUUACAAGCCUGGCCUCUCCCGACUGAGGAGCAAACUUGUGCCACCAAAGCACGAGACUUCGGAGAAGGAGAGGAGCAGAGCUGAGGAGGGCAAGGAGGAGAGUGCCAGUGACAAGGGCUCUUUGGGAGGAGGCGCUCCAGUCACGGAGGAUUUCAGCAAAGGCGAUGGCCCCAAGCAGAAUGGUCCUUCACAGGAAAAUGAAGAGACAGAGGCUAAAGGUGGUGUCCAGAGCCAGGAGAACUUGGCCAGACAGCCUGCUCCAGAUGAGUGGGGUCCCAAGAGCGCCAGGAGAACCAAGAAGCCAGACCAGCAGAUCUACCAGCCUGGGAAGCGCCUGCAUUCAGCUGCUAAAGAGCCAUCCCUGCAGGCAGCUACUGAGGAACUUACCGGUAAGAUGGAGCAGCUGAAAGUUGAGAGAGAUGAAGAGACUGAGAAAGGUGCUGGAAAAGACAAUAACAGGAAAACGAAAUCAAGCAAGGAGGAUCGAGAGGGGAGCCAGGCAAGGGAAGGAGUGAAAACCUCAAGGGGCGAAAAAGGAAGACGAAUGGAGCGAAGCGACAGGGUGAGGAGAACAAGCGACGAGGUGCUGCAGGGGAAGCUGGGCUCCACCAAGCGCUACUCCCGCUCGGACAAGCGACGGAGCCGGUACCGCACCUGCAGCACAAGCUCAGCCGGAAGCAACAACAGCGUGGACGGAGCCCUGCUUGUGGAUGGGGUGGAGAGGCGGCAGGAGCGAGCCAGGGAAAGGCUGCGUCCUAGAAAGCAACUCUCUGCAUCCUCCACUGACUCCCUGGACGAUGACAGGAUCGAAGAGGCGGACGCAUACGUCUCCAGCAGGCUGUCGGACAAGAAGAAGCGUUCAGAGCAAAGCCGAGCUUCUAGGAGUGAGGGCGAAUGGAGCAGCAACGGCAGGGAGGUCAAGGGACCCUUUCGAGUCACUUUUGACAGCAAGACUAUGAGCAGGGACAUCAGUCUGGCAGAUACAGAUAAAAAAAAGCCCCUAAAGGCGUCUGUUAGUUGCAAUGACUCAGAAGCUUUGGAAGUGAGGAACCAGAGCAGAGAGCCCCAAGGGAGGGGCCGUGGGAUUCUCUUCCUGCCUGCCAACACAGACCUCUCUGCCAGCACCGUGGGCUGCCCCGAACCCAGUCACCCUGGGCCCAGGCUCCUGCUCGGUGGGGCUGGGACUAAAGGCCCCCGAAGCCGGGGCCGAGGCGGCACGGCUCGCAGGCUGUGGGACCCAAAUAACCCGGACCAAAAACCCGCCCUGAAGAGCCAGACCGCUCAGCUUCUCUUCCUAGACACGGACGAUGAAGUGAGCCCAACCUCCUGGGGCGAAGCUCGCCAGGCCCAGACAUCCUACUAUCAGGAGCUCAGCAAACUCCUCCGCGAGGCUGGGAACCAGGAGCAGCAGCUCAGCAAUCUGCUUUCCAGAGACCGCAUCAGCCCGGAGGGGCUGGAGAAGAUGACCCAGCUGAGGGUGGAGAUGCUGCAGCUGUAUGAACGGUGCAUCCUGAUGGAUAUCGAGUUCUCUGAUACCCAGAACGUGGAUCAGCUGCUCUGGAAGAACGCGUUUUACCAGGUGAUUGAGAAGUUCCGGCAGCUCCUCAAGGACCCUCAGGGGGAAAAUGCACAAGAAAUUCGGAACAAACUUCUCCAGCUUCUAGAUGAGGGCACUUCUUUUUUUGAUGGCCUACUCCAAAAGCUGCAGGUGUCGUACCAGUUCAAGCUAGAGGACUACAUGGACGGGAUGGCCAUCCGCAGUAAACCUCUGAGGAAAAUGGUGAAGUACGCGCUGAUCAGUGCUCAGAGAUCUAUGAUCUGUCAAGGGGACAUUUGCCGAUACAGAGAACAAGCGAAUGACACCGCCAACUACGGAAAGGCACGCAGCUGGUACCUGAAGGCUCAGCAAAUUGCUCCCAAAAACGGCCGCCCGUACAACCAGCUGGCGCUUCUGGCCAUCUACACGAGGAGAAAGCUGGACGCUGUCUACUACUACAUGCGCAGCCUGGCUGCGAGCAACCCCAUCCUCACAGCCAAGGAAAGCCUCAUGAGUCUGUUUGAAGAGACAAAACGCAAGGCCGAGCAGAUGGAGCAGAGGAAACAUCAGGUGCUGGAUCUGAGCCCCAGCCGCCGGGGGAAGGGCAAGAAGUCCACGUUGCGACAAGUUGGAGAUGAUGCCACACGGCUGGAGAUCUGGAUCCAUCCCUCCCACCCCCGCUCCUCCCAGGGCCACGAGUCCGGCAGGGAUUCGGAGCAGGACAACAGUCUUGGGAACCUCAGCCCCAGCGACCUGAACAAAAGGUUCAUCCUCAGUUUUCUCCAUGCCCAUGGGAAGCUGUUUACCAGGAUUGGCAGCCAGACGAGGCCAGUUGUUACCGAGGAGGUCCUGAGGGAGUUCCAGGUGCUGCUGCAGCACAGCCCCCCUCCCAUCGGCAGCACCCGCAUGCUCCAGCUCGUGGCAAUCAACAUGUUUGCAGUGUACAACUCCCAGCCCAAAG